AUGGCCUUUCUGGGUCGCCUGAAUAAUCGGGGUGUUCUGAUUAAUUGCGAGAUCUUCAGUGGCGGGUGCUCCAAAGCUUCAAGCAGCGCCUCCAAUGGCAAACAGCCAGAAGAAGAGGCAACAGAGGCAAAGCAACCCGUGGGCAAAGCAUCCAGAACUUUCAUCAAGACCUACGACGAUGGCAAAGCCGUGCCGGCCAUGGACAGGCCCAGCAAAGUGCGUUAUGUGGGCAGUUCCAUUUCGGGCUCGGAUGGCAAUUCGAUGGCCGAAACGGAUGUGUCCACACUGCGCUACUCUACUGAGAUGGAAACAGAAACGGAAACGGAAACACUGUGUCGGCAGCAGGAGGAUGACAGCCGAAGCAACUCAAAUUCUUCGCAUUACGAAGAGACCAUGGGCAUGUCAUUGGGGGAUUUGAUGCUGGACAAGGGCUCCACCACAUCGAUAUGCAGCUGGGAUGAGAUCAUUUCGAAGGAGCAGAGUUCAGGGGCCUCCAUCGAUGACGAUCCAUGCGUUAGCGUUCCCUCGCUCAAAAUACGUUCCAGAUCGGAAACCGAAACCGAAUCGGAGGUGUACUCGCCCACAUACAGUCAGACGAUGAAAACCCUCAAGCUGGAGCGUCCGGUCAAGGAGGCCUACGACACUUGGCUAUCGGCGAAGCGCGUGCAACACCAGUACAAGGCUCAGGAGGAGCGCCGCAAGGAGGAGGAGCGCCAGAAACAGAUUGCCGAGCGUCAGCAGUUAGCCCACGAGCGCUACGAGCGUUGGUGCUUGGAGAAGUCCCUGCAAAAGUCAGCGUCCAGCUCCAAAACAUCUGUAAAGGCCCCCAACAGUCCCGUGAAGAAACCGAUUGUUGCGCCUCGUCUCGACGCGGCCGCUCAGCGGCGCCUGCAGGAGUGGGAGAUGGAGAAGGUGAAGCAGGCGGAGAAGCGUCGCCUGCAGCAGCAGAAGGUGGCCCAGAAGCUGCACCAGGAGAGCGAGCUGCGCCACAAGAAAGCCGACGAGGCCUUCGAGAAAUGGAUGCAGAAUGUGUCGCAGCGCCCCAAGCCGGUGCCGCUCAAUCAGGGCAUGAAGUCGCUGCGUGGCACCGUCUCUGAGAUUUACAUAAAUCCCAAUGAGUGGGUCGACUGA